GUUCAUAGGUUGAUGCUCAACCACUGAACCACGCCUGCCAGGCCCAAUAUGUUAUCUUUGAGGAACAUAGAGUCAGAAAUCCAGCCACACUUAAAUAGGAGAUGCUUGGAUGUGUAUAUAAGGAAGCAGGGCUUCCAUGAAGGCAGUAUCUUUGUACUAUGCUAUUGUAGAAAUGACAAUUAUACUCAAGUGAGCCCAGCGCUGUUUUCUUAGGUGCAUCCUUUGUGUUUCUGGUGUCGGUCUCUUCAUCAGAGGAUGGCAUUAGCCCUGUGUCUGCAGGUGCUGGGCAGCCUGGGAGGCUGGCUCUCCCUCUACAUUUCUUGCUGCCACAUGAAUAAGCACCGAAGCUACGAAUGGAGCUGCCGGCUGGUCACACUCGCCCAUGGAGUCCUCGCGAUAGGCCUCUCAGCGUACAUUGGCUUCAUUGAUGGCCCCUGGCCUUUCACCUACCCAGGCUCACCCAAUACACCUCUGCAAGUGCGCGUCCUGUGUCUCACCUUGGGCUACUUCAUCUUCGACUUGGGCUGGUGCAUCUACUUCCAGUCUGAGGGUGCCCAGAUGCUGGCACACCACACCCUGAGCAUCCUGGGCAUCACCAUGGCCCUGGUGCUGGGAGAGUCGGGGACAGAAGUCAACGCAGUCCUCUUUGGAAGUGAGAUUACCAACCCCUUGCUGCAGCUGCGCUGGUUUCUCCGAGAAACAGGGCACUACCACAGCUUCACUGGCGACGUGGCGGACUUCCUCUUCGUGGCCCUGUUCACUGGAGUGAGGAUCGGCUUAGGAGCUCGCCUCCUUUUCUGCGAAAUGGUCUCACCCAAACCCAGGUGGUUUAUGAAGGCGGGGGGCAUAGCCAUGUACGCUGUGUCCUGGGGUUUCAUGUUAAGCAUCUGGCGCUUUGCCUGGAGAAAAAGCAUCAAGAAGUACCAUGCCUGGAGAGGCAGGCGGGGCGAGGAGCCGCAGCAGAAACAUCCUGGGCAUCUCCAGGCGCACUAGCCGACGCCUACCGUGGCUGAUGGGUGGGGUGUUAGCCGUGGGGCCCAGGCUGGAAAUAGGGCUGUUAUGGAGCCAUGCUUGUCUAACAAAUGUAGGUUUCAGAAAAAGGGCUCCCCUAAUCAGUCAGUGUCCAAGUGGAGCACAUACCAGUAUUAAAACCCUAACUCCUGCUGUGGUGCAGUCGUAGGAAGGCAGGCUAGUCAGUCGUUGGGUAAAUCAGAACCACAUUCCUUCCGGUUUGUGCUGACUGUGGUCCUGCAGUUCCUGGGCAGCUGGAUGUUCAUAUAGCUCAGAGAGGAACCCGAAAAGAUGGGCGCUACUUCGUCCUUAUUCCUUUGAGGGGUGACUUUUUCAACAAACACUACCCUGCUUUCCAUGUAGCAAUUUAAAUAAAUCCCACCAUUUACUACAAAGUGAGUGCCUGUUAGGGAGACUCAUGCCUUUGGCAUUCUGAGCAUUGGAUCAGAGAACGGCAUCUGCUUACUUAACCAAAGGGGGGUGGGGGAGGUGGGGUGAGGGGCAGAACUGUGGCUGUGGGGUGGGUUACUGGUUCAGCCUCCCUGUACCAACAAGGUUGGGGUCCCCAAGGCUACGUUUGGGUUUGGUAUAUGGUGAGAGGACUCCCUGGACCCAGCAUGUAGUUGUACUCAUAGCUCUGAUUUAUCAUAGUGCAAGGGCACCAGGAAAGAGCAGCAAGAGGAAGGUGCCAGAGCAGACCCAGGGGAAGCCCAGGCCCAAACGUCCGAGUCCUCUCCCAGUGGCCUCCCACGGGCUGUCUGACUCCUCUAGCCAUGGUUUGUGACAAUAUGUGUGACAAGCCUGCCAAGGAAGCUCCUUCGAGACUCAGGUUUCCCUGGGGCUGGCCACGCAGGCAGCCUUUGGCUGGCACGUCGCAAAGCUCCCGACUGCCAGAAGGGAAGUCGGUGUUCAGCAUAAACCAUGUGGCUUGUACAGUGAGCCAGGCUGGUUGGUUCAUGGAGCUCUUCCCAAAUCCGUGUUCCCAGAUGCCCGCCAGGGGCCAGCCUUCCCAAGGACAGCAGCUCAGGCCUGCUGUGUUCACUCUUCUGCUCAGAAUCCACAGAGCGGGGGAUUGGGUGAGAGAUGGAGGAGGUGUGGGCAGGCUGACCCAGUCCUGCUGUAUGGGUUCUGCUCUGCCAGGGAAAAUGCCCCUUGUCAGGGCUUUUGUGCAUUAAUGUCCUGGGCCGAGCGGCUGUGAUGGAAUUCCACUGGACUAGGGGGAGACGGCAGUUCCGUCUGCACGUCUGCUACGCUUCAUGCAAACUAGAACUAAAGACCAAGUGUGUAGUGGCCUCAGGGUAACGAGUCAAAGUUUUUCAUUUUGGACACACCCCCCUUUAGUCCUGUUACUAUUUUUUCUUUUCUCUGGAAAAGGUACCGCCAUCUGUGGACAACAUAUUAUGACAAGGCCAGUCUAGGAAGGAGCAACAACAACAAAAAAAUGAGUGUGAUAUUCUCUAACCUCACCCAGGAAAAGCAAGAAUGUAAACUUAGAACGAGAAGUUUGGAAUCAAGAAUUCCUGCUUUCUUUUAUGGAAAGUGGCUACUCCCUGCCCAACUCAUUUGGGCAGGUCACUUAUUUAUUCUUUGCCUCCGUGCAAAUCCUGGUGUGAAUGAAUGAAAUACCCCAUUGUGCAUCUCAUAGAGACAUUAGGUAGCAUUUCUUUAAUGGAGGGCUUUUACGGGGGAAAGAAAGCAUUAUUUAUUUAUAUCUUUGCUAUUUGUUUGUUUGUUUGAUGAUGUUACUUAGAUCGGUGGUGAUGGGUUGGCUUUGUUGGUGGGAAAGUGUACAGGGCUAGUGAAGUCAGGGCCUAAGGCCAGUGGAAGUUUCGGCUCAUCGAGGUCACUGGGAAUAAGAACCUUAUGAGGGUUCUUGAAAGUGCAGGUCACUGGCCACACCGGCAGAGUGCUUGGGGCCACAGAGUCAUCAUUGCUCCGUGAAAUGCAGUUCCAAGGCAGGUUAACAGUGCACCUUUUUAAAAUGGUUGUCAUUUGGUUAGAGUUUUGCUGGACAUGGAAAUAAUCUGACAGUAAUAUCUCUAUCUCUUUUUUUUCUUCUGUGAUCAGAAUCCCUAAAAUGCUGGCUAGUUUCUUUCCAACAAAAUUAUGGUCAAAGUCGGGUGCUGGGGAGUGCUGACUUUAGAAAAGCCUAGCAGAAAGUGGCAUGGAGCGAGCUCUGGAAAGAAAAGCAGCAGCUGGCUCUUAAAGUGUGGCCCCGAGCAACCUGCUCCAUACCAGACACUGAAUAGGCUUCAUCUGCUGCCAGUUCGUGCCCCCUUACUCCUCAGAGGUGGAGGGGUUGGGGAUUGCAGAUCUUGUUGCUUUGGGGUACUCCCGUGUGAAUGUAUGUAGGUCUUUGAAAUUUGAGAAACCUAAAGAAUGAUAAGGGAAAGAGAAUCGCUCAUCUCAGCUUAUCUUGUUGUUGUUGUAACUAGUAAAUGUGAAGGAAACUGAGAGAAAACUGUGAAAUGAAGAUGACUACUAGUUAAGAUGCUGAGGACAUGAAGGGCUGAUUAACAUGCGGCAUGGUCAGAUGUAAUGAAGUGCUCAUUCGCAUUUGGAUUACUGUGUGAUAAUUAACACUGCUCAAGAGGAUUUAUAUUUCAAUAUGAUUUGUACUUGUUUUAUAAAAAUAAACAACUUUUUAUCCAUCCAGA